AUGGCCAACAUCCUCCCCGACGACCUGAGGGAGUACGCGCUGUGCGUAGUCUUGCUACCCGUCACUACUGGAAUAGGCGCUGACAUGCACAGGUCUCUGCCCGUGACUGGUUUUCCCAAGGGCUUCUAUUGCGCGCUCGACGGCCAGGUUGCUCUCGACGCAUACAAGCUCCUAUGCUGCCAAGAGAAGCUUGCUUUCCCGACGACGUGCCCAUCGUGCGACCACUCACCGCUCGAGGCCGAGUCGUGCGCACCCAACAAGACUCUCCGCAACACCAUUAGGAUAUGGCUGCAAAAGCAAAAGAAGAAGGAAGAGAAGGCGGCCACCCAGGCUUCCGCCACAUCGGUGGAGUCAAUGCCUGCCGCCCCCGAGGUUCAGCCGCCAGGUGACGCAGCUGACAAGCCUGUGGACAGCAUCGAAGAGGCGUCCAAGGUGGAAGGCAUCAGUGAUGAACAGGCCGCAGUGGAGAACAGCCGGGACGCAGAUGAGCGCGCCGGCUCUGUUGAACAACCGAACGAGGGCUCCAUCGCUCCACAGAAUGACGAGGCCGAGCGACGCGGCAGUGUCGCCUCACAGACCGUGGCAAAGGGCACAGAUGCCGCCACAGUUGAGCCGAAUGCGAACGCCGCCAACGGCGGCAUGAUGGGGAACAACCCUAUGCCAAUGAAUGGCAUGGCUGGCCAGAUGGGCUACGGCUUCAACAGCGGCAUGGGCUUCGGCAUGAAUAACAUCAGUGGCAUGAACAACAUGAUGGCUAACGGCAACUGGAAUGGCAUGAAUUCCAUGGACUUCAACAACAUGAACGGCAUGGCCAACGGCAUGUACGGCAACUAUGGAGGAAACAUGGGCAUGGGCAUGAACGACAUGUCGGCCAUGAACUACAAUGGCAACUAUGGUGGUUGGAAUGGCAUGGGUGGUGGCUAUGGCAACUACAACAACAACGGGUUCAGCUCAAUGGGUGGAUAUAAUCAAUCAGGAGCAUAUCCCGAGAUGAUGAACCAAUUCCCCAAGCAUAAUUUCCCAAACCAGAACCAAAAUCGUUUCCCUGCCAAUCAAGGAGCAGGCCAUCCCCAGCGAAACAUGCGAAAUGGCAGUCAUGGAAGCUUUGGUUCUGGGUUCCAGAACGCAAACUCUCGCCCCGGCAGCCGAAGCGGUCCUGCCCCCAACCGUGAUGGCCAGUCGCCUGACGGAAUCGCUAACAAAGCUUCUGAUGCCAAGACUGGCGAUGAGCAGACAGCGGCGUCCGCAGGGCCUACUGAAGAAGGUAAGACAAGCACCGAAGCUACUGCAGAGUCCAGUCUGCAGACUGCACAGGAUUCUGCUCCUUCUGGCGAUACUACUACGGUGGCGGGCGAUGCUACUAACCAAGCAGGAGAUGCCACCAAUGAGAUGAGUGGCCUGAAUCCGAUCCAAACCUUCGACUCUGGUGACAUGGAAAUGGAUGAUUACAGCCAGCCGAUGACGUCCAAUGGUAUGCCAUAUGCACAGGGCAUGAUGGGCCAAGGAUUCGAACAUACUCCCAUGGAUCCCUCAUUCAACUCCAACAUGCAGAUGGGUUACAGCAACUAUGGUUCUCGUGGAGCCUUUAACAGUGGCGCAUAUGGUGCUGCAAAAGUACUGACGGAUCAGCCUACUGAGCCAAUUGGUGUUGGUGUAGCUGGAGCGCCGACAGGUCCACGAGCCAUGCGUGAGGGUCGCCCAAAUACUGGAUUCUCUAGUAGAGUCAACAAUCUCCAAUCGCGGCGGGACGUCGGCUGGCGCUCCGCUGUACCGAAAGACGACAGCGAAUACGAUCAGCGGAAAGAGCGGCUCCCUCAUCGGUCGUCACGAAACGAGGGUCGGGAGGAAGACGAUGACGAGCGGCGUGACGACAGAGCGAGUCGUGGCGACCGUACACGAACUGCAUCAGUGGAAUCCAAGUAUCGUAGUAGCCGUCCUGACAAGGACAAGCAUCGGCCUUCACGAUCACACCGGGAUCGAAGCAAGGAGCAUGGCCGGCGGCACCGCUCGCGAUCUCCAGGCGAUGAGAAGUACGACGACAAGGGGGCGUAUGCUCGAAGUGAGAAGGACUCUGAUGGCAGCUCGCGGCGCAAGCACAGGCCCGACAAGGAAAAGUACCGCGAUUUAUCGAGAGAUAGAGAGCGAGACCGCAAAGACCGGAAAGAGCGUGAUCGUGAUUACGACUAUGAUCGAACUCGCGACAAAGACCGGGACCGCAAGCGCCGCAAGGGUCGUGAAGCCGAAGACGACGAGCGCGGCUACGACGACGACAAACACCGCUCUUCGCGCCGCAGCCGUAAGGAGCGCGAUCGCGAGCGUUCACCGCGUCAUGACGAGCGCGAGCGUGGCGAUCGUGAGUUUCGAGAGAAGACGGAGAAAAGGCCAAGUGAUCGUGAAGAAGACAUUGUUGGCGCAAUGAUGCAGAAGCGCGCCACCUCUCCACCGCUCAAUGCGCCCACUGGUCCCUCAGCAAAUGGCUUCAGCAUCAAGGGCCGUUCGAAGAACGUCAUGCCGCCACCCGUCCAGCCUCCCACUGGCCCUCGAGCAUUCCAGCCCCCCAAAGGUCCAGCCGCGGACCGCAAUCGCGAUCACGGUGACGCAAAGGACCACCGUCGUAAAUCGAGCACCGCGUCUAUCCCGAGCCGCGCUGCUACGCCGAAAGAAACCCAGGACCACUACGCUGCUGAGCGCGAACGCAAUGCUCGUGAACGCGACAGUCGCGAUAAGCCAAGCAAGCCUCUGCACUCGCGCAUCUCUUCGUCGUCUCGACCUUCCCUUUCUUCCAAACGCUCGUAUGACGACGACGAGGUUGAACCGCCUCGUGGUCCGAAGGCAGAUGCUCGGCCCCUGUCGGGACUGUCUUCGCACCGCGAUAAGCGCAGGAAGAGUGGCGCUACUGGCGACGAUAAUAUUGCGAGAUUAUUCACGGCGGGGUUGAGGAAGAAUGCUAAGGCGAGGAGAGGGGGGGUUAGGACGGAGGGUGAUAUGGAGAGGGAUUUGGAGAGGGUUGAGAGGGAAAGGGAGAGGAGGUGA